GCUGUGACGUCAUCGCCGAGCGCCCAGCCGCCAGGGCGUGUGGAGACGCGAUGCUGAGCCGGCUCCAGGAGCUGCGCAAGGAGGAGGAGACGCUGCUCCGGUUGAAGGCGGCACUGCACGACCAGCUGAACCGGCUCAAGGUUGAAGAGUUGGCCCUCCAAUCAAUGAUUAGUUCUGGAAGAGAGGGUGAGAUGCCGUCUUCUCCAGCUGUCCAGGAACAGUCACAUGAUCAGAUGGUGGUGCAUGUGGACAAUGAAGCAUCAAUCAACCAAACUGCACUGGAGUUGAGCACAAGGAGCCAUGCACCAGAAGAGGAGGAGGAGGAGGAGGAAGAAGAAUCAGAUUCGUGAAGUGGGGAAAGAGCCAGGAAAGGUGUAAAGUGUAACCAGUGAAAGAGGGAAACCAUUGCUCAGUGGAGCAAAGCAGCAUGAACAGACCAUCCCAGUGGAGGCUCCAAUGCCAGCCAGGCACUGUUCACCAGCAAGGCGCUCCUGCGAGCAUGCUGGCAACCCUACCAGCCACCCACCCCACUGCUUCUCCCUGACAGAGAGAGACAGAAGGAGCAGAUGGGAUCUAUUCACAGGUCCACAGGAAAGGUGGUUGAAAGAUUCACAGAUUAGGGUGUUUGCUGAGAAGAGUUGGACAAAGUCCAAAGAUUGGAAUUUCAGGAAGCCCAUUAGUUUAGUCCAAAGCAGUGAUGUCCUCAGGGUGGCAUUUUCGCCUUUCAGACCUCCUUCCUGUCUUUAUCUUUCCCCUCGCAAAUAAUGCUUGGCUAAAUCACCGUAUUUCUUAUGUAUUAGAGACACUGAAUAUCCUGACACAAAAGUAGAAAUCUUUCAGCCUUUUAACUUGAUAGUAUAUUUAUUAGAAUAAGAGAUUAGAUUUGUUAAACAUUUGCAUUAAAAUGGUUAAAAGAAUUUUCGUACAAUUUUUAGGCACUAUACACACUGUUGUUUACAAUAGCAUCAUUACUUGGAUUUGGGGAAAGGUAAAUCGCAUACAUUUUAAUGCCUUGGUACACUUGUAACAUUCAAAGUAACUCCACCAUUUUAGAAACACUAAUCCAAACUUAAAGAGACAUAUACCACUAAGUAUCCACAUAGUGUAUUUAAAAAUAAAUAUAGAAAUACAACCAGAAGUCUAUAAAUCAUCAGAGUAGACAGACUGGUGAAGCCCCAAUUAUCAUGGCAGUGAAGGGCUCUGACUACAUUUUUGAUGGAAAUUGCUGAAUUCUAUACCAAAAGCAAAAACAUAAUAAAAUAUCAUGACAUACA